AAAAUGAAGCUCGCUCUCGUGGCAGCUGCCCUCGUGGGCACUGCUUUCGCAAAUAUCGAUCCCAUCAUUAUCAAGGGCUCGAAAUUCUUCUACUCUAGCAACAACACACAAUUCUAUAUCCGUGGUGUCGCCUACCAACAGGACUACUCCAGCAAUGGCACCACCGACGGCAGCACCAGCUACAUCGAUCCCCUAUCAGAUGUCACCACCUGCAAGCGUGAUAUCCCCAUCAUGCAGGACCUUAACACCAACACUAUCCGUGUCUAUGCGGUUGACCCUACUGCGAAUCACGACGAGUGCAUGUCGCUUCUUGCUGAUGCCGGCAUCUACGUGAUUGCCGACUUGUCUGAUCCCACUCAGUCCAUUGAUCGCAACGAUCCCCGCUGGGAGACUUCUCUCUACACUCGCUAUACCAACGUUAUUGAUGCCUUCGCAGGCUACAAGAAUACUCUUGGAUUCUUUGCGGGAAAUGAGGUCUCCAACACUGUCUCGACCACCGACGCAAGCGCCUUUGUCAAGGCCGCUGUGCGUGACAUGAAGGCCUACAUCAAGGCCAAGAGCUACCGUUCGAUGGGCGUCGGAUAUGCUACAAAUGACGAUUCCACGAUCCGUGUCAACAUGGCUGACUACUUCAAUUGCGGGGAUACCGAGGAUGGUAUUGAUUUCUGGGGAUACAACAUCUACUCCUGGUGUGGAGACUCCAGCUACAAGGUUUCCGGAUACCAGGAGCGCACCGAGGAGUUCAGCAACUACUCCGUGCCUGUGUUCUUCGCCGAAUACGGCUGCAACGAGGUUCAGCCCCGCACCUUCACUGAAGUCAAGGCUCUCUUUGGCGACGAGAUGAACGACGUGUGGUCUGGUGGAAUUGUCUACAUGUAUUUCCAAGAGUCCAACAACUACGGUCUUGUCUCCGUUAUUGACAGCACCAGCGUCUCCAAGAUGACCGACUACACCUACUACUCCAGUGAAAUCAACGCCGUUUCGCCUACCGGUACCAACAAGGCGUCCUAUACCCCCACCAACAGUGCGCUGCAGGAUUGCCCAGCCGUGACCAGCGACUGGCUGGCCACCGCCACUCCCCUGCCUCCCACCCCCAACUCCGAGCUGUGCUCUUGCAUGAACAAGGCUGCCAGCUGUGUCGUGGAUAGCUCUGUCUCCAGCAAGGACUACGCCGAUCUCUUCUCGGUGCUCUGUGGUCUCACCAGCUGUGCGGGUGUCAAGGCUAACGGCACCACGGGCGUUUACGGUGCCUACGGCAUGUGCACACCCGAGCAGCAGCUCAACUUCGUUCUCAACAAGUACUACAGCGAACAGAGCUCUGCUUCCACAGCCUGCGACUUCAGCGGCUCUGCCACCAUCACCUCUGCCGCCUCCGCCACCGGAACCUGCAGCUCCAUGAUCAAGGCCGCUGGCACCGCUGGCACCGGCACCGUCACCACCAGCGCCUCGGUCUCUACCACUACUUCCUCCUCUGGAGCGGGUCGUCCUCGAGGAUUGUUCAUCAAUGCACUGGCCCAUCUGGUCUAGUUUCUUUUUUUUUUUUUUUUUUUUUGUCCGCCGAUUGUAAAUUAA